AGAAAGCUUAAAACCGGCAUUGAUGGCGGAAGGUGUUAGAGAGAGAAGCGCGAGUCAGGAGGAGGAAGACAGCGUCAAACUCUUCGUUGGUCAAGUCCCGAAGCAUAUGUCCGAAACUCAGCUUCUCGCAAUGUUCCAAGAGUUUGCUCUUGUAGACGAGGUCAACAUCAUCAGAGACAAGACCACUCGCGCCUCCCGAGGCUGCUGUUUCGUGAUAUGUCCUUCGAGGCAAGAGGCGGAUAAGGCGGUCAAUGCUUGCCAUAACAAAAAAACUUUACCUGGGGCAUCUAGUCCGUUGCAAGUAAAAUAUGCAGAUGGCGAGCUGGAAAGACUAGAACAUAAACUCUUUAUUGGCAUGCUUCCGAAAAAUGUAUCUGAAGAUGACGUUUCUGGUCUUUUCUCUCAAUAUGGAACUAUAAAAGACUUGCAAAUAUUAAGAGGUUCGCAGCAGACAAGUAAAGGUUGUGCAUUUUUAAAGUAUGAGACGAAGGAGCAAGCAGUUGCAGCCCUAGAGGCAAUUAAUGGAAAGUACAAAAUGGAGGGUUCUAGUGUCCCUUUGGUUGUUAAAUGGGCUGACACGGAGAAGGAAAGGCAAGCACGGAAGGCUCAGAAAGCUCAAUCACAGGGUUCUAAUGUGCUUAAUGCAGACUCCCAACAUCCUUCACUAUUUGGAGCCAUGCCACUGGGUUAUGUUCCGCCAUAUAAUGGCUUUGGUUAUCAGGCUCCUGGAAGUUAUGGGCUUAUGCAAUAUCACCUACCUCCAAUACAGAAUCAAUCUGGUUUCCACAAUAUGAUACCCCAACUAAACCAAGGAAAUGCAAUGCGUGGUAUCCCGCCCGACCUCGGGCCGGGUAUGGCUGCUAGGAAUUAUGGCAUGCCUCCUGCAAGUUAUGUUGGCUCUGCCUAUCCUGGAGUUCCUGGUCUACAGCAUCCCAUGGCGUACCCUGGAGGAAUGAUGAGUCCCGGGGUUGUGAGCAGUUCACCUGGUUCAGGGCUACUUACUGGUGGGAAGAGUAACUCUCCAACGUCUAGUUUGGGUAAAGGCUCUGGGGGUCAGAUCGAAGGUCCACCUGGCGCUAAUCUUUUUAUUUAUCACAUACCCCAAGAAUUUGGUGAUCAGGAACUUGCUAAUUCUUUUCGAGCAUAUGGCCGAGUUUUGAGUGCUAAAGUAUUUGUUGACAAAACAUCUGGAGUUAGCAAAUGUUUUGGGUUUGUUAGUUACGAUUCGCCCGAGGCUGCCCAAUCUGCCAUAAGUAUGAUGAAUGGAUGCCAAUUAGGUGGAAAGAAACUAAAAGUCCAGCUGAAGAGAGACAAUAAACAGAGUAAACCAUAUUAAUUCGGGUUCGGAGUAAUGUCCUCGAAGGCAGCAAAGUUGGCUUACAUGGGGCCUAAAUGCAUUAUAGUCAGGGUGGAUUGGGGACGGUCUGUGGUUAAAAUUCAUUACUCUCAUCCUGCCUGUGAUUGCAUCAUCAGAUGAAAUCAAAGAUACUUGUAAUUCACGGUUCGGCCACGCUGAUACAAUUUGUAAUUUAUGUAUCUUGGAAGAUUAACAUUCUUUAAUUGAUUCUUCCGGGACAUCUGUUGACUGUAAAAUACAAUGUAAUUAUAAAUGAUCUCCUGAUUCUUUUAGGUUUAUUUAUUUGAUACUGCCAAAUUUGAUGA